UUCCCUGCGGUGGGACACAGAGGAAGGGUUGUUUGUGCUGCUGGCGUGGAGCACCGACAAGCCUGCGGAGACCCUGUUACAAUAAACACGACAGGCAUCCUGGGAGUGAGCUCAGGGCAUCUGGGAACCGCUGGAGGGGUGCACCUUUGAAGUCAGCGGGACCAAGAAAGGCCUGCCCCGAAGGCUGGUCACUUGCAGAGGUAAACUCCCCGCUUUGACUUCUGGCCAGGGUUUGUGCUGAGCUGGCUGCAGCCGCUCUCAGCCUCGCUCCGGGCAGCUGGGGCAGCCUCCUGCCCGCCUGCCUGCGGGAUCAUGCCCACCGUGGACGAUGCCCUGGAGCACGCAGGGGAGUUUCACUUUUUCCAGAAGCAAAUGUUUUUCCUCUUGGCGCUGCUCUCAGUUGCCUUCACGCCCAUCUACGUGGGCAUCGUCUUCCUGGGCUUCACCCCUGACCACCGCUGCCGGAGCCCCGGGGUGGCCGAGCUGAGCCUUCGCUGCGGCUGGAGCCCCGCAGAGGAGCUCAACUACACGGUGCCUGGCCCGGGGCCCGCGGGCGAGGCCUCCCCAGGCCAGUGCAGGCGCUACGAGGUGGACUGGAACCAGAGCGCCCUCGGCUGCGUGGACCCCCUGGCCAGCCUCGCCACCAACAGGAGCCGCCUGCCGCUGGGCCCCUGCCGAGACGGCUGGGUGUACGAGACGCCUGGCUCCUCCAUCGUCACCGAGGUAAUUUCCAUAACUUCCAUGCAUUUUCUACAAUCUCCACAAAUCAAAAUGAACUCAAUUCCCUCUCUUUGUUUUUCUCCCUGCAGGUUUGGCCGUAAGCUCUGCCUCCUAACUACAAUCCUCAUAAAUGCUGCGUCUGGAGUUCUCAUGGCCAUUUCCCCAACCUAUACAUGGAUGUUAAUUUUUCGCGUAAUCCAAGGACUGGUCAGCAAAGCAGGCUGGUUAAUAGGCUUCAUCCUGAUUACAGAAUUUGUUGGGCUGAGGUAUCGGAGAACAGUGGGGAUUUUUUACCAAGCUGCCUUUACAGUUGGGCUCCUGGUGCUAGCCGGGGUGGCUUACGCACUUCCUCACUGGAGGUGGUUGCAGUUCACAGUUACUCUGCCCAACUUCUGCUUCUUGCUCUAUUACUGGUGCAUACCUGAGUCUCCCAGGUGGCUGAUAUCCCAGAACAAGAAUGCUAAAGCCAUGAGAGUCAUUAAGCACAUCGCAAAGAAAAAUGGAAAAUCUCUAACUACCUCCCUUCAGCACCUGAGACUUGAAGAGGAAGCUGGCAAGAAAUUGAACCCUUCAUUUUUUGACUUGGUCAGAACUCCUCAGAUAAGGAAACAUACUUUGAUAUUGAUGUACAACUGGUUCACGAGCUCUGUGCUUUACCAGGGCCUCAUCAUGCACGUGGGCCUUGCAGGGGACAAUAUCUACCUGGAUUUUUUCUACUCUGCCCUGGUUGAAUUCCCAGCUGCCUUCCUCGUCAUCCUCACCAUCGACCGCAUCGGCCGCCGUUACCCUUGGGCCGUGUCAAAUAUGGUGGCAGGGGCAGCUUGUCUGGCCUCAGUUUUUACCCCUGGUGAUCUACAAUGGCUAAAAAUUAUUGUCUCAUGCUUGGGAAGAAUGGGGAUCACAAUGGCCUUUGAGAUAGUCUGCCUGGUCAAUGCUGAGCUGUACCCCACGUUCAUUAGGAAUCUUGGCGUCCUCGUCUGUUCCUCGAUGUGUGACAUUGGUGGCAUCAUCACGCCAUUCCUGGUCUACCGGCUCACUAACAUUUGGCUUGAGCUUCCGCUGAUGGUUUUUGCCGUGGUUGGCUUGGUUGCUGGAGGUCUGGUGCUGUUGCUACCAGAAACUAAAGGGAAGGCUUUGCCCGAGACCAUCGAGGAAGUCGAAAAUAUACAGAGACCAAGAAAAAAUAAAGAAAAGAUGAUUUACCUCCAAGUUCAGGAAGUAGACAUUCCAUUGAACUAAGAAGAGAGAUCGUCACUCCUGCUGUUACUUCACUUUGAUGACAGCAAGACCAAAAGCAGAAAUUUCUGCACUCAUCUCAAAGCCCAUACAACUCAACCCAACUUACCCUUAAGCCCUGUCAACCUAGAUCUAUAGCCAGUGGAGGCUAUUGUACUUCUGUGGAAAAGUAUACCUAUGGGACCAGAUUCUGCCAAGUUCUUCCAGCUCACUCUAUUCUCAGCAUUCCUGGGACAUUGGACAUUGGUUUUCCAGAGGGUUCUUUUUUUCCAUCUUUGUAUUUUUUUUUAUUUGAUUCUUUUCUCUGCAAUGCUAUCUAACCAGAAUACAUAGGGGAACUGUGGGCCAGGGAGAUCAAAAUAGAAAAAAAAUCUGAAAAACAGUAAAGUUGGAAGAAAAUAAUUGCAUCUAUUUUCUUAACGAAAUAAAACAUCCAAAACAAUAUAAAGUUGUCCAGAAUGUAUGUCAAGAACCUUAGAUAGCCCUUUCAGUAACACAGGUGAAGACAUUUUUAAAAAUACAUUGAUUGUCAUCUGGAUUAGACUUAAAGUGAAUCUCAAAUAAAAGAAUCAGGAAUACAAGUUGAGUAAUCAUGAAGUCCUUCCAUAUUUAGACUGGAUAAGCAUAAACGUGUGUUUUCUACAAAAGAUCUUGAGAAGAGUUCAGUAAAAAAUGUUGUUAACAUUA